AUGUGGCGGAAUCUACGAAUGUUUAUCGACUGCGAAUGCAAGAAGGCGUGUGGAUGCGGAUGUGGUGCUGCUGAUGCUGGCGCGGAUGCUAUACUCUUCAAAGGAGAAGAUGCCCUGGAGGACGAGCACCCCUGGCGACUCACUGAUGACGAGGUGCCUCUGCUGAAGAGGAAGCCGCGUCAUUGGAUUAGCGGCACCACUAAACGCACCAGGGUGGUGCUCUCGGACGACGACAACCCGAUAGAGGAGCCACAACGCUGCUUUACUGCUGCCGAGAAGGGGAAGGAGAAGAUCGCCGACAGCCCGGUUAAGGAGCACCACCGUCGCCGCUUCACCAAGGUCGAGAAGGGCAAGAGGAAGAACGAUGAAACAUCUGCAACCAGCAAAGCGGCGAAGAAAAGGAAGACCCGGGACGGGAAGGUCAACAGGAAGGAUGACAUCGCAGUCAACGAGGUUUGCAUUAGCGACGAUGAGUAUGUUGAGGCUGCUAGACCCCUUCCCUCUUUCCCUCUUCAUACCACUGAUGCUCGUCCGUUUUCCCCAUGCAGUCGCAUGGAGAAAUGGAUCAGGAGACCCUGGGGUGUGUAUGAGAAAGUGAAGUGGGCGCAACGCUACAAGGACCUCGGGUCCCUGAAGAAGACAUUACAGGAAUCCUCCGCCUCCUUUGCAUGCAUUCAACGUUGGGCUGCGCAGGUAGAUUCGGGCGUGUUCAAGGGUGCCGCUAACUGCAGCAAGGGUUUAAACGGCGCAGGCCGCCACUCGCACCACCCCGACAUGGAGGCGGCUCUUUACUGGUACAUCUGCUUGGAGCCGCAAGUGGAUGAAUAA